ACACUACGUAUGUACGAACGACUGACUGAAAUACGCCAAAGCGAAGAGGUUAAGCUUUUAGGUUAUAAUUUUGUAAAUAAAAUAAAAGUUUAAUUACUCGCAACAUGUUUUACUUAAUUGGUUUGGGUUUGGGAGAUGCAAAAGAUAUUACAAUCAAAGGUUUAGAAAUUGUUAAGAAAUGUGACAAAGUUUUAUUGGAAGCCUACACUUCUAUACUCACUGUAGGAAAGGAAACUUUGGAAGAAUUUUAUGGUAGAAGUUUGAUAGUAGCAGAUCGAGAGCUAUGCGAGAGCAAUAUAGAUGGUAUACUGCAAGAAGCCAAGGAAAAAGAUAUAGCCCUGUUAGUUGUAGGAGAUCCCUUAGGAGCUACCACACAUACUGAUAUGUUAUUGAGAGCACACCAGUUUGGGGUCCAAACACAGAUUGUCCACAAUGCAUCAAUAAUGAAUGCAGUAAGUUGCUGUGGGCUCCAGCUGUACAACUUUGGUGAAACUGUCUCCAUUCCUUACUGGACAGAAACAUGGAAACCUGACAGUUUCUUUGACAAAAUUGUUCAAAAUCAUUCCAGAAAUCUUCAUACUCUUUGUUUAUUAGAUAUUAAAGUGAAAGAACCUACAGAAGAAUCUUUAACUAAGAAAGUUAGGCAGUAUAUGGACCCAAAAUUCAUGUCAGUCAAGGAGGCUGCCAAUCAAUUAGUGCAAAUCAUAGAAAACAAACCUGAUACAGGGAUCAGUAAAGACAGCUUGUGUGUGGGGCUGUCGCGGGUGGGCGACGCCGCGCAGCGUAUCGCAGUGCGGCCUCUGUCCGUGAUGCAACACUGCGAUCUCGGCGCGCCGCUCCACAGCCUCGUCAUACCCGCCCCCGAUCUACAUCCGCUCGAACAAGAUUACCUAGCACAAUUCAGAUAACAAUGCGUGUAAAUAACAAUAAACUUUUCAUAAGUAUGUAA